AUGUCGAUAAAGAUGACGAAACUCAGAGCGGCAGGCAAGACGGAGCGCCGCUGUAUUAUGCGGCAGGAACUAGGCUACUAUCACAAUCUCGUAAUCACUGCAAAAUACAGUUUCGACGCCGCUGAAGGACUCAAAGUGACCCCUGAGACUUUCUUCCCAGCUUUGAAGUUCUGCAUAGCUACGCAUCCAAUCCUCAGCUGCUCUAUCUCCGGCUCCGAGACUGAAGCACCCGUGUGGAUUCGACCAGAGACCGUCGAUCUUCGAAACAAUGUCAAGAUCGUUCAUCCAGAAUCGUUGAAAGCAGAUCCAAAAGAUGGGCUCGCACAGCUCCAGGAAGCACUCGCUGAAGAGCUUGACGAACACUACCCCUUCCUGCCCAACGUCCUGCCCUGGAAAAUCGUAGUUCUCCCUAUAGUUCAACAGAAAGGAGAAUACUACAUAAUCUUCUCAACCUCUCACGCCCAUGGUGACGGCCAGUCGGGACUCGCAUUCCACGAAACCUUCCUCCGCGGCCUAAACGCCUCCACCACUCCCGACUUGAACCCUCUUGUCACAGCACCCUCCGACCCUCUAUUACCACCUCUAGAUGCCACCCCAAUGCCCAUCUCCUGGUCCUUCCUCCUCGGCCCCCUACUAGGUACCUACCUCCCCUCCCCCAUCGCCUCCGCCCUCGGUAUCCCGCGAGAAAUAAAUCCCUCCUCCCCAGACAUGUGGCGCGCAACCCCCUACACCUACGACCCCUCCAACUUCCACACCAGCCUCUCGCUCAUCGUCAUCCCCGCCCCCAUCCUCACCGCCGUCCUCCAGGCUUGCCGAGCGCACGACACCAAACUCACCGGCCUGCUCCACCAACUCGUCGUCCGCGCUCUCAGCGCCGUGAUCCCCGAUGAGCCAGAGAAAGGCAAGGCCGCCGGGUCCUUCGGCGCCCAAAGCCCUAUUAAUCUCCGCCGCAUGAUCCCCUCGGUCUCGAAUCAUGAGAUGGCCGUCCUCACGAACGCGGCCUUCGAGAUCUUCCCCCGGAUGUCGCCAUCGGAAGCCCAAUCCCCGCCCAGCUCCGAAAGCGUCGUUACAGAGGCUAUGUGGGCCGCUGCGCGCAGCACGAGCGCCAAGCUCGCGGCUACCGCCUCCACGCUCUCGGACCAACCCGUUGGACUGCUGAAGUACCUGGCGCAUUUCCGGAUGUGGUUGACGAAGCAUAUCGGAAAAGAGAGGGAUUGUAGUUAUGAACUUACGAAUGUUAUGGCGUUUGACCCUGGUGAAGCAGAGGCGGGGAAGUGGAAGCUGGGGCGGACGUUGAUGGUGCAGCCGGCGAGUGCGACGGGAGCACCUAUAAGUUUUGCGGUUGCGAGUCGGAAGGGGGGUGAGAUGGUGGUGGCGGCGUCGUGGCAGAAGGGGGUGUUGGGGUUGGAGGGGGACGAGGGGGUGAUUGUUGGGGUGAUUGGGGAGAGGGUGAGGGGGGAUUUGGAGAGGUUGGCGGAGGAGCAGAUUGGAUGUGAGGGUUUUGGGAGUUGCAGAUGGGGUACUCGGGGUCCAUUAGGUGAUGCUAAUGGACGAGAGCAAUAG